ACAGCCUUAACACAACUGCUCUGCUUCAGUAUCUUGUGUGUUUUUUGGCUGCUGCUUUCACUGCUAUUAUUGUUGCUCCUAAGAUUCUCUUCAUUUCUUACUAGAGAAGCCACCUACUUCAAGUUAAACCAAAUAAAUUAAAAAACAUGGAUAGAUUACUCCAGCGACUGUUGCUGGGAUUUGCAGCUGCGCUUUAUCUUGUUACGCUUGCAGCAGCCUGCAAUGAUGCCAUCUGUGCAAGUCGAGUAAGUAAAUGUCAACUAAUCAAAUGUUGUGAAUGCGAUAUGACAGACAAAAAGAAUUGCACCUGUUGUAAUGACUGUCAGAUCUGCUUAUCUCGCCUUUAUGCAGAAUGCUGUUCUUGUGUAGGUUUAUGUCCUCCACCAGAUCCAAAUGAAGUCCCCUAUAAAAGUAGUUCAAUUGAAAUCCUUAAGGAUCCCAUUCCAGACUUGUUCAAUGUUUUAACAAUGGAAGAGGAUGUACUUAAGCGAUGGGCUUCUUACCACUAUCAAGUUCGGUCAGAUGCGAUCCAUUAUACAAUGGACAGACUUUCUGAAAUGGAAGCAGGAGUUGGAAUGCGUAGUCCUCAUUCUGUCGAGAUGACUCAGAAGGUUGAUAUGGUGAACUGUACAGUAGCAUUUAUGUCUCAGUGCACUUCCAUACGUAAAUGUAAAGCUUCAUGCAAGUCAAUGGGAGCAGCUCGAUAUCGAUGGUUUCAUGAUUAUGGUUGUUGUCAGUGUGUGGGCAAUACAUGUCCUGGAUAUGGUCUUAAUGAACCACGAUGUCUCCGUUGCCCUGAUACAGAAGUAGACAGUUUUGAGGAAGACUUUGAUGAUGAUUAUAUUGAGAAUGCUGAUGCUGUUGCCAAUAAGAAGAAUCAGUUUGAGGAAAGCAGCUCAGAGAAUCGUGAUAAAGAACACAAGAAAAGACAUAAAGAUAAGUCUAUCAAAAGAAACAAUGAUAUUCCAGAAAUGAGCAAGGAAUCCAGCAACAUACCAGUUGAAAAUGAGCAGACAUUGAAAGACACGAAUGAUGUUAGUAAAGAAAAAGAAAAGCUUAGAUAUUCCUCAGAUACUAAACAAGAUACAAAAUCUGGGGAACGGCUAUAAAUUAUCUCUUCUAAUUUCACCAUCUUUUAAAAAGUUGGUUUCUUUUCUCUUGACUCUAUUCCAACACAACCCCAUCCAUACUUUCUCCACAUACACACACACACGCACACUCCAACAUACUUUGUUGUAUGAUAUAACUUGCAUUCAUUUCUGUCUAGCAUUUGUUUUAUCCUCCACUCUGGGUUGACCACAUCACAUAUUUCAACUCAGAAGAGACAGUAUUAUAAAAGGAAAUGGCAUAAGAUUUAAACAGAAAAAAAUUUUUUCCUCUAUAUUCUUUUUUAAUUUUUUUAAAGCUAAGAAUGGCUAAAGAGGCAUGAUAGCUAUGUGGUUAGGAAGCUGAACUGAUGGCCAGAUUGAUAAGACAUGGUUAAAAAUAUAAUCCAUACCACAGACAUUAUAUCCUUCAGCAAGGAACCUUACUCAACUUGCCUCAGCUAUGUCAAAUUUAGCUGACACAAAAAAAAAAGAAAAAUAUAGAUACUAGUCCCACUUAGAGUGGUUGGUGUUAAAAAUGGAGUUACCAGUCUUAAAAAAGAAAAAAAAUCACUUGUCUAAGAAAAGAUGCAAAUUCCAAAUUUUGCUGGCUCAUUCAGUCAAACAAACAUUAAAGAAUGAACAGUUGCAUAUACACAUGCAUAUAUACCUGUCAAUGGAUGUUCAUGUGUGUAUGUGUGCGUGUAUGUAUGUAUGUAUGUAUAUAUUUUAAGUUAAAUGCCUGAUUUUGAGCUGUUGGUUAUGUACAGAACAAAAUGUGUGUCAAGGUUGAAGAAAGAGGCUAACAAAUGACCAUGGAACAAUAGUUAACCUGGUAAUUUCUUUGCAUUUUUGUUUUUCUCUUGGAAAACUGAAAAAAAAAGAAGAAAAAUAAUAUAUGUAUAAAUUCUUGGAAAGUUUUGGCACAGUGUUUUAACUAGUAAAAGCCAAAAUGAAAUAAGA